AUGGGAUCUCGAGGCCAUCGUCUAUCUACGGAAGCAGACGUCUAUGAAAUUUUGGUCCUACAAUCAUCCUUGCUGCCUUUGCAAGGGUUUCUCAACAUGCUGAUAUACAUCAGACCCAUGUACUUGCGUUUGAGACAAGCUGGGGCCUCGCGUUCCAUGGCCAUCCGAGGGGCUUGCUUGGAACCAGAUAUUCCCAAAUUCAUUUCCGAGGUGGUCCCAAGUUUAGCUCCUGUCCCUGAGGUAUCAAAGGAUGAAUCUUCACCUGAUGAUGACGAUACCGGUAGCCCUGCACGGAGUGCCAGUGGAACAGACGAUGGGUCAUCCGAGGCAGAUGGAGUUGAUGGGGCUGUAGAAGAAACAGAAAUACCAACAACUUCUAUUCACCUGCAGCCUACCAAAUCAAUUCUGAAGAAAAGUUCGAUGCGGGUGGAUAUGGAUGGAUCCUUUAGUACAUGA